GGCCAUUGUUGCGUUAAGUAUUUAAUAUGAUGAUUAAGUGUUAUCGUUAAUAACAUGUGCCUACUGUCUGUUUUUCCCUUGGUAGUGAUUAACGGUGGUAUCGCCAUACCGCGCCCGGUCAAAUCGCGACGCGGACGAUGCGAUGUGUUUGUGAUUAAAUUAAUAUUAAAUUAAUAAAGUUUAUCAUGGCGGGGAACGAGAAAUGGAUUACACCGACUAUGAAGCAGAUGUUCGUGGUAUUAGGAAUAUCGCUUAACAUGUCGGGUAUGGGGGCCAUAUUGGGGUUCCCUGCUGUGCUGCUGCCACAGCUGAGGGCACCCGGUUCCCAGAUCACUGUUGACAGCGUCUCUGGCUCUUGGAUAGCUUCCAUCGUGGGGCUUUCUCUCCUCGCGGGAAACCUCAUGGUGCCCACUCUCAUGGGCAAGUUCGGCAGGAAGGUCGCCAGCCUCAUCAGCUGUACCAACAUCCUCGUCUGCUGGAUCUGGCUAGUCCUGGCCACUGACGUCACCUCCAUCCUCAUCGCCAGAGCCUUCCAAGGACUCUCUUUAGGCAUCAACCUCUCCCUCUCCCCUAUCAUGGUCGGCGAAUUCACCAGCCCAUCCAACAGGGGCAUGUUCUCCUCAAUAAUGGCCAGCUCCAUCACAGCUAUGACCCUGCUGGUCCACGUCGCCGGAUCUUACUUAGCCUGGCAGACAGCAUCCCUAAUUUGUGCUGCUAUCAGUUUCACCAGUCUUGCUGUAUUGCUGUUCUCACCAGAGUCUCCUAGCUGGCUGGCCGAUAAAGGAAGAUUUGAAGAUAGCCGACAAUCGUAUCGCUGGUUGAGGGGAGACGCUGAGAACGAAGAGUUAGAGAAAAUGCUAGAAGCACGAACAGUCAGAGAUGAAAACACUCACAGAAGUAAUGUUUUUAGUUACAUUAAGAAAGCCUUCAGUAGACGGGAGUUCAACAAACCAGUGCUUAUAAUGAUACACUUAUACAUGCUAUCUCUAUGGUCAGGGAUGGCAUUGUUAGUUGUGUAUACGGUUGACACCAUUCACGCUAUAGUAGGAAACGAUGUGGACGUAGCGCUGCACAUAACGAUUUUAGAUGUCCAAAGAACGAUAUCCACGAUAUUUGGCUUGAUUAUAAUCAAAAAGCUCAAAAGACGGACUGUGUUAAGUGUAACUGUAGGUUUGAAUUUUGCUACUUUAGUGUCUAUAGCUGCAUAUACGUAUAUAAAAGCAAAUACAUCUUUGCCGUUUGAUCAUCCAGCAAUUGGUCUUACUCUACUUCAUAUUCAUAUGUGUUCGAUGUCUACGGGAGCUUUGCCGAUGCCAAUAAUCAUAUCAGGGGAGUUAUUUCCUCUGGAGUUCAGGAGUUUGGCUGGAGGGAUCAGCGCCAUAGCGUUUUCUGUGAACUAUUUCUUGACUAGCAAAACUGUGAUGCUUCUAUACAACAGUAUAGGGAUAUACGGGACAUAUGCGUUGUAUGCAGCCGUGACUUUUUACUGUUUGGUGGUGAUUUUGAUAUUUUUGCCAGAGACGAAAGACAGGACUCUGCAAGACAUUGAAGAGGAAUUUAGAGGGACUCCGAGAGUAAAAUCUGCUGAGGACAAUGCAGCAGCUAUACCUUUAAAUGCGAGUCAUAAAGACGAUGAGGUUUAAUUGGAAUCUGAAUUUAUUUGUGAGACAGAAUGAUGGAAACUCUAAGGGCAGAUCUAGUCGAUGAUAUUCCAUUGAAGCUUUAAACGAGAGUAUGGAGUAAAAAGUGUGAGCAAGUGGCAUAGCCAUAGGCCACAGAAUAAAAAUAAGUAUAGCCCGACCAGGAACAUAAAAACCCUCGCCAUGUUGCGGAAAACUAAUGGUACU